GUCCUGAUGAUUACAGAUAGUGAACUAGGCUUUAUCAUUAUUUUCAAUCUAGUAGUAGGCAACUUUACAAAUAUUUCUAUUAUUUAAAUGAUGCAUUUUGUUACGAUUCUAGUGGUUUUGGUUUUAAUUUGGGCAAAAAGUUCAGCAGACACCACGACUGUUUUUCAACACGGGUUUGAGAACUGUACAUUUGCCAACAACGGAACAUGUGGCUACGACAUUCGCUCUCCUUGGGAAAUUCAAAAGGGAUCAUUUUUGUUAAGUGGUCGUCAUGUCCUUAACGGAGGUCAAGACGACGAGUUCUAUGCGCUAUUUAAUACGCAUACCUCAUCCAUUGGUAAUCCCGACAUUUCGAUGGUCUCCCCAUUAUUACCGAAAGGAGCAGCUUGUCUCAGUUUCUACUACACUAUCCCUGCUUCCUGGGAAAAUCUUCAUGUGAGGAUACGUACAGAGGACAACGUCACUGUGGAACUGUGGAAUGUGACCCAACGCGGGAAUAAGAACUGGACAAGGGUGGAUAGAUUGGCUGUAUACCCUGACGCAGCAUUUCUGGUUGAAUUUACCACAAAACAAGCACCAAAUGGUUUUGUAGGGGUCGAUGAUAUAAUUAUAGAGAGUUUCCGAUGUGACCCUGGGUAUUCUCCGGUUAAGUCGGAAGUUUGGGCGUAUUGUUCUUCUGCUCGUAAAACACUACCGUCGUGUGAACAUCAAGACUGUGGGCUGUUUCACGAUCUUCCUCAUGGUGACGUCGAUAUCACCAACACAACAAAUGGGUUAAUUGCAACACUUACGUGCCAUUUCGGGUAUAUCCUUAAUGGCAGCAACACUACCGAAUGUGCCAGCAAUGGAGAAUGGAACCAUACAGGACAAAAUUGUGUACCCGUUGAUUGCGGACCAUUGCCAACUCUUUCAUACGGUACUGCGUCAUCAACUGAUACAACCUAUCGAUCAACGGCAACGAUCACGUGUCACACCGGAUACAGUCUGCAUGGGAACGCCACACUCACAUGUAACAGCAAUGGGAUAUGGGGCAAUGUAGAGGGGGCAUGUGAACCACUUGAUUGUGGGACAUUCAAAAGACCAAACAAUAGUUUCGUUUCAACAACGAACACCACAUAUGGUUCCACAGCAACUAUCACUUGUUACAUCGGAUACAAACUCUAUGGAAGAAACACAUCCACCUGUAACAGCAAUGGAAUGUGGAGCAACGUCGGUCAUUUAUGUACACCAGUCGAUUGUGGACGAUAUCCAAGGCCAACGCAAAGUUGGAUAUCAACUGGACCAACCACAUAUAAUUCAACAGUGAUCAUAACUUGCUUUCCGGGCUACAAACUUACGGGAACUGGUAUAUCUACCUGUGAAGAAAACGGGAAGUGGCGUAACGCAGACCAGGAAUGCAUCCUACAAACCGUCUUUCUGAAAGUACCUGAAGCAAAUUGUACAUUUGAGGACAAUGCCACAUGCAAAUGUGACAGCACAUCAAUCGUGCAGGACACGAACUUCAACAAUACAGUCGAUAUGCCAUACAAGAUGAAUGACAGUUUACAUCUGAAUGGACAAGACAACUCCUGCUACAUGAUGGCCUGGGAAAACAAAUUAGUACAGUCCCAAAGCGGGUUUGCUUUGUUAUCGUCCACUUUUCAACCAGGAGUUUAUCUUAUCAGUUUUCGAAACUUACUUUCUGCUGGAGAACUACAUAUCAUUGUGGAAACAGAUUUCAAUUCAAGCAAAAAUCCAACCCAUAUUGAACGAGAUCAAAACAUGAACGAAACAGUGGUUAUUGCGGAAGAUAGACAGUUUAGGAUUGCGUUCCGUACUAAUGACUCGACAAACGGGCAUCUCGGAAUUGAUAAUGUGCAGGUAUUUAAAGGGUGCGAUCUUCUGAACAUAACAAAUGGGAAAAUAAUUGUGGAUAACCACACAGCCUACUUUCGCUGCGAUGAAGGAUAUCGCCUGGUAGGAAAUUCCAGUUCCACGUGUACGCAAUGGAAGUGGACCUCUGAAGCGCCGAGCUGUGAACUUAUAGAUUGUGGACUUUUUCCAACGACCUCACAUGGUACCGCGUGGUCCACAGCAACCACAUACGGAUCAACGACAGCAAUCACGUGUAAUACAGGCUACAUUUUGAACGGAAGCAACACUUCCACAUGUGGAAAAAGUGGAUUGUGGACCAGCACUGGCCAGACAUGUUCACCCGUCGACUGUGGCCAUUUUUACACACUGUUUAACGGGAGCGUUUCAACAACUGCCACCACAUUUGGAUCCAUAGCAACAAUAACGUGCCAUACAGGAUACAGUCUUAACGGUAGCAGCACGUCAACGUGUGCGAGCAACGGACAAUGGAGCAGCACUGGUCAACGGUGUACACUAGUCGACUGCGGACCAUUUUAUCCACCUACGUACAGCCAUCUGUCUACUGGAUAUACUACAUAUAAUUCAACCGUGACAAUAACCUGUUUUCCGGGCUACACACUUACUGGCAAUAGGAUUUCAAAAUGCGAUGGAAAUGGGCAGUGGAGUUAUAAAGACCAGAAAUGCGUGCUUCAAACCGUAUUUCUAGAAGUUCCAGAGGAAAGUUGUUCAUCUGAUGACAAUGAGACGUGCAUAUGUGAAAACAGUUCUACCAUGCAACCCGUGAAACCAAAUGCCACAUUUGAUAUGAGACAUGAAAGUAAUGUAACUUUUCCCACUAGUGGCCAAGGUGACUCCUGUUACAUAUUGAGGUGGGAAAACACAUCAGUUGCGAACAAUAUAAGUUUCAUAAUGAUAUCAUCCAUUCUUCAACCAGGGCUAUAUCAAAUAAGAUUACACCAGCUGUUUCCAUCUGGAGCAAUACUUGUCACGGUUGACACGGAAAACAACGAAACCUAUGAUUUAGACAUGUUUUGGAAAUACAUUAAACAAGAUAAAUUAUGGAUAAAUGAAACCUUUACUUUUAUUGAAGAAAAACAUUUCAGGUUUGUACUCCGUGCUAACGAAUCGAAAGAUGGGCUUCUUGGAAUCGAUAGCAUACAGCUAUUUAAAGCGUGUGACGUUCUUAACAUUACUCACGGACAUAUAACUGUGGGCAACAACACAGCCUUUUUUCUCUGCGAUGAAGGAUAUCGCCUGGUAGGAAAUUCCAGUUCAACUUGUACAAACUGGACUUGGAACUCUAAAGCUCCGACAUGUGAACUGAUAGACUGUGGAAGUCCUGUAGUGCCAUCAAAUGGUCAUGUAACAUCAAGUUUCACGUCUUAUGGAUCUAUUUCAACCGUCAGUUGCAGCUCUGGCUAUAUUCGAAAAGGAAUAUAUACGGGAGUUUGUAGAAGCAAUGGGAAAUGGUCCAACGAAAAUACAACCUGUAUAUCAAUCAAUUCUACCAUGUCAAGUGCGGUUUAUCCUGGGUGUUCAAAUCAAGGAUGGUACAUCCGAGUCAAUCUGACAUUGCUGCGUAGUUUGUUUCCGAAUUACAAGGAUGAAAUACACAUUUAUCUUGGGAUUUCUUCAUGUGUAGGCAGUGAAGUAUAUGAAUAUCUUCUGUUCGACAAGUUCUUCCAAGAAUGCAUGACGCAAAGAAAGGUUUCAGCUAAUCUAAAUAUCUUCGAGAACCAAAUGGUGCUAAUAUUCGACCCCCAAAACAGUUCUGCGUCCAACCCAUUCAACUGGACAUUGAAAGUAGAUUGCUAUGCUGUCGAUAAAAAUAUUAUUACCAGCAUCUCAACAAACCAAUUGCACAGCGCUGAGAAGAGCAUAAGCAUUUCUGUCUUCAGUGACCCCCUCUUUAGGGUAGUAUUACCUAGUCACCCACUGCACAUGCAAUCAGGCGAUAAGGUGUAUGUAAAGGUUUCCAGUUCUAUCCUUGAUCCAGAUAUUAAGCUCUUGCUUAAAUCAUGUUACGUCCGACCUGCGUUGGAAAGUGAUUCACGGCUGGACAUUGUACUUAUAGAAAAUGGUUGCGAGGUAGAGAGCAGCACCCAUAUGAUUUCCGUUGAAGCCCACGAGAUCCAAUUCAUGUUCCUCAACUACGCGUUAGUUGCUCUCCGUGAAGGAAUGAAUAUCCUCUGUGAUGUAGCUUACUGUAACGCCAUAGACCACUCCGUGAACUGUUUUCAGACAUGCAGUGGGAUGUUAAGGCCUGUUAUCAUUGGCUGAGAACUGUUAUCAGGGACGGGAACAGGGCGCACGUGUCUCCCCUGUCCCCCCUCAACAGCUGACUCCAAAUAUAAUCCGAGGCGUUUUUUACAUUUGAAUUGCAUAGACAAUUUACAUAAACAUAUGUGACAGUGGAUAUGAAAAUGGGUAUUAUGGCUUAAAAAUCACAUUUUAAUGUUUUACUUAUAUUUUAUUUCAACAUUCUGUUAGAAACAAACCGCAAAAAAUCAGGUUUCGAUGAUUAUUAGUUUUCGAGAUAUUGACCUUAACGUAAUACCGCUGUUUAGUGCAAAAUGGUCCGUGUAUAUACCGUCUUUUCCUUUUUCAUUUAACAUUCGAAACAACGAAACACGAAAAUCAACGCAUAUAAGUUCAUAUUCCGUUUUCUAAUAACCGAAACUU